CUGCAAGGAGCAACGGUGCUCUAGGAUUGGCCAGACUUCUUAUUUGGGCGGACGUCCCACCCUCUAGCUGUUUGGGGCGACUGAGGCCCGGCCGCAGAAGUGAUGGCGGCUUUGACCGAUGUGCAGCGGCUACAGUCCCGAGUGGAGGAGCUGGAGCGCUGGGUGUACGGGCCGGGCGGGACCCGGGGCUCCAGGAAGGUGGCUGACGGUCUGGUCAAGGUGCAGGUGGCUCUAGGGAACAUCGCCAGUAAGCGGGAGAGGGUGAAGAUCCUCUACAAAAAGAUUGAAGACCUGAUCAAAUACCUGGAUCCCGAAUACAUCGAUCGCAUUGCCAUCCCUGAUGCCUCAAAGGUGCAGUUCAUCUUAGCAGAGGAACAGUUCAUCCUUGCCCAGGUGGCGCUCCUGGAACAAGUGGACGCCUUGGUGCCCAUGCUGGACAGUGCUUCUAUCAAAGCCGUUCCUGAGCACGCUGCCCGCCUGCAGCGCUUGGCCCAGAUCCACAUCCAACAGCAGGACCAGUGUGUGGAGAUCACUGAGGAGUCCAAGGCUCUCCUGGAGGAAUACAACAAGACUACGAUGCUGCUCUCCAAGCAGUUUGUCCAGUGGGAUGAACUACUCUGCCAGCUGGAGGCCGCCAAGCAACUGAAGCCAGCGCAAGAGUGACAGCUGCUUACCACGCCUGGCCAGGGAAAGGCGGGCAGGCUCCAGGGCCCGGUGCCAACCUGCCUUCAUGAGGCAGGGACGGCUUUGUCUGCACUGGAUUCAGAGACUACCUGCCUGUGCUCGGCGACGGCUCUGAGAUCAGAGAUCAGGUCACCUUAGGGUCAUGAUUUGCACUCCAUCGGUGUAUUUAUUCCAAUGACAAUAAACUGUAGAGGCCACCGAA